UUUUUUUCCUUUUCUGGUAAAGGAAGCGACAGCAACCACGUUGAUUAAAUUCUUAUUAGUAUUAACGGCUCAGAUUCAGUCAAGUAACAAUUACUUCGUGAGUUGAACGUGGCAUCCACGAUAUGCAAAACGUCAACUCGCAAUCUCCAACCACCAUUCGCCACGUUGAAACUUUCUGUCUAUAAAUAGGGCUUCCCAAUAAAGGUAAAUCGGAAAUAUUGAAAGGCCAAAGAAAAUAAAACUAGAGAAUAUGGGUUUUGGAGUAAAGCUGUGGUUCUCCUUUUUAUUUACGUUGGUCAUAGUUUCCUCAGCUCGUAACACCAUUUCAGUUUCAGGGGAGGAGAUUGUAUUGGCUGCGGAAGGAAGGUCUCUAAUGGCAAGCAUCGAGGAUUACAGUGAACCGACAGCGAAUCGUGGCCAUGAUCCUCUUUCAAGGACAAGAAGUAGUAGUGGCAUCAAUGGUGGUGGCCGCAAAGGUCGAGAAGGUUAACGAUA